UGCACUUCGGAGUUUGAAGGCAGGAGUACAAGCUUCUCUGUGUCUGUCCACCCAUCCCAUGAGGUGAAGAGAAGGGAGCAGGCCAGCUGGUGGUGUGGAGGUUAAGGCAACUGGCUCUCGCAUGACCAAUCUCUCUGCAGGCGCCGGGAGAAGAAGUUACAAGAGUGAUUUCUGCUUUGCACGGGAAGGUCUCUCGUCUGCAGCGUGUGGGAAGUACCUCCCGGCCUCGAGGCAUGGCCUGUGGGCAGAACUAACCGGCCCUCUUCGCUCUCAGGAUGCAGCUGGGGUGGGCUCGAGCAGGCAAGAUGCGGCUGGUCCUGCUGACGCUGGCGCUCUGUUCCAGCCUGGAGGGUCGCGAAAACUCCUUCACCAUCAACAGCAUCCACAUGGAGAGUCUGCCGGGCUGGAUAGUGCCCAAUGGGUGGAACGUGACCCUGCAGUGCAUCGUGGACAUCAGCACCACCUCUCAGGUCAAGCCUCAGCACGAGCUGCUGUUCUAUAAGGAUGACGUGCUGUUUUACAAUGUGUCCUCCAUGGAGAGCACGGAGAGUUAUUUUAUUCCCCAAGCCCGGGUCUACGACUCGGGGACGUACAAGUGCACUGUGAUCCUGAACAACAAGGAGAAGACCACUGCAGAGUUCCAGCUGUCAGUGAAAGGAGUGCCCAGUCCCAGGGUGACGGUGGACAAGAAGGAAGCAAUAGAAGGCGGGAUCGUGACAGUCAACUGUUCCGUCCCGGAGGAAAAGCCCCCGAUACACUUCACGAUAGAGAAAUUCGAACUAAAUACAAAAAGCAUCAAGCUAAAAAAAGAGAAGACUUCUCGGAGUCAGAAUUUUCUGAUACUGGAAUUCCCCGUUGAGGAACAGGACCAUAUUUUAGUAUUCCGAUGUCAAGCAAGAAUCAUUUCUGGGAUCCACGUGGAGACGUCAGAACUCACCAGGAGUGAUCUGGUCACCGUGAGAACGUCCUUCUCUAUUCCCAAGUUCUACAUCAGCCCCGCCGGCGUGAUCACGGAGGGAGAUCAGCUGCACAUCAGGUGCACCAUUCAGGUCACACAUCUGGCCAUGGAGUCUCCGGAAAUCAUAAUCCAGAAGGACAAGGCGAUUGUGGCCAACAGCAGACACAGCAACGAGGCCGUGUACUCAGUGAUGGCCAUGGUGGAGCACAACGGCAACUACACGUGCAAAGUGGAGUCCAGCCGCAUAGCCAAGGUCAGCAGCAUCGUGGUCAACAUCACAGAAUUAUUUUCCAAACCGAAGCUGGAAUCUUCCUCCACACGUCUAGACCAAGGUGAAAGCCUGAACCUGUCAUGCUCCAUCCCAGGAGCGCCUCCGGUCAACUUCACCAUCCAGAAAGGGGACACGAUUGUGUCACACACUCCAAAUUUCACCAAGAUAGCCUCCGCGUGGGACAGCGGGACAUACACCUGCACUGGAGCCAUUGGCAAAGUGGUCAAGACGAGCAGCCCAGUCCAGAUCACAGUGUGUGAAAUGCUCUCCACACCCAAGAUUUCUCACGACGCCAAGUCUGAGAUCAUAAAAGGACAGACCAUCGAAAUCAGUUGCCAAUCAAUAAAUGGAACUUCGCCUAUUUCUUAUCACCUUUUAAAAGUAAACAACAUUUUGGAGAGUCGUACAACGAACUCAAAUGAUCCUGUAGUAUUCAAAGAUAACCCAACCAAAGACACGGAAUACCAGUGCAUCGCAGAUAAUUGCCACUCCCAUAUUGAAAUGUUCAGCAACGUUCUGAGGGUCAAGGUGAUAGCUCCGGUGGAUGAAGUCACACUUUCUAUCCUGUUGAAUAAUAUGGUGGAGUCCGGCGAGGACAUCACACUGCGAUGCUCUGUGAAUGAAGGGUCUGGUCCAAUCACCUACAGGUUUUACAGAGAAAAGGAGAACAAACACUUCUACCAAACCACUGUGAAUGACACCGAGGUAUUUUGGAGCAAGACACAAGCGAGUAAGGAGCAGGAGGGACAGUAUUACUGCAUAGCCUUCAACAGAGCCAACAGGGCCAAGCAUUUCCCCCAGAGCAACGUACUGACAGUCAGAGUCUUUCUUGCCCCAUGGAAGAAAGGACUCAUUGCAGUAGUUGUCAUCGGAGUGAUAAUAGCCGCCUUGAUAGUUGGGGCCAAAUGCUAUUUUCUGAGGAAAGCCAAGGCCAAGCAGAUGCCGGUGGAGAUGUCCAGGACAGCAGCACCACUCCUGAACUCCAAUGAGAUGUCAGAUCCCAACACCGAAGUUAACAGUCAUUACGGUUACAAUGAUGAUGUUGGAAACCAUGCUAUGAAACCAACAAACGAAAAUAAAGAGCCGCUGACCUCGGACGUGGAGUACACGGAAGUGGAGGUGACCCCAGCCGAGCCUCACAGAGCUCUGGGAACGAAGGGGACAGAGACGGUGUACAGUGAGAUCCGGAAGGCCUGCCCUGAUUUCGUGGAAAACAGAUAUUCUAGAACGGAAGGCUCCCUUGAUGGGACUUAGGACAGCAAGGACAGAUGCUCAUCCCUGGGAGGACAUCCACGUUCCAAGAAGAGCAGAUGAUUCCUGUUUGCCAAGAGCUCUGUGCAUUUACUUAUGGACCCGCCCUGCUCCCACCGCAGAUGGCAACUCCUCCAGCCAAGCCACCAGCUCUUUAAUCCGUCCUGCUGCAAUAAUGUUGGAUAGAAGCCGUCCCGAGUUGGAGCAUCCUUGUGACUGGAAGAGCAGAAGGAAGCUCAGGGUAAACAGGCCACUGGGAUAUGUUGAAACUUGAAUAUUUGUCUUUUACAGCGAUGAAGGACUUCCCCCUGCACCCUCAUACACAGAAAUCGGUUAUUGUUUGUAGUUCACCACGUCUAGCAAACGGCCCGAUUUAAGGGCUAGUUUUUUGGUUUUGUUUUUGUUUUUUCCUUUCCCAUUGGUCCUUCAAGCCCUGUCAUUCUAGGUAGUUCUUUAUCUUUGGAAUUGCAGCACUGACCAGACAGCUUCACCCUGGCCCUUCCAUGACCUUGCCCUCCACAAACGGGAAAACGAAGCUGCUUGGGAGCACCUCCUCUGAUGGGCCGACUGGAAGACGGGGUUCCCUGGGCAGUGCACGAAAUAGAAAACGAACGUGGAAAAAGCACAGAUGUCCUUACAUUGAUUUUCUAUUCCCUUUCUUCCUCUACCACGCUGAAGGCCGCAAGAUGGUUGCCUACAGCAAAUAUUAUUUUUAAUAGAAAAAUGAAAUGUGUA